UAAGUACUUGCACGUUCCUAAUAACGCUUUCCUUACUCCUUCACCAUCCGACAUAACCAUGGAGUCGCCCAGUCCAACGACUUGCAACAUGUAUAUUUGCAACAACAAUUUGUUCAAUAGACCGCGUCUGUCCAUAGACACGGUAGACGGCUUUUCCAAGACGAGUCUGAAACGUCCCGGUCAAGCUGUCAAGGUGAUUACAGACAGCAAAAUUAUCGACAAGGAGGUACGUAAGGAAGAUAAAACGUUGACUGUGUCUAAAAGUUUUUCGCAUUUCAAUCAGAUCGAGGAUAAGGUAGAGGGCGGCGGUGGAGUUAAACGGGCAGAUAGUAUUGCCAGCUUGAAGGAAUGCAAAAGUUGCGAUGAAAAUCUUAUUAAGUUUAUUUUUACAAAACACGGUAUUCAGGUUAUAAGUGAUGUAGAGACAAUAGUGUAAUGAUUGUAAUGGGGAACAUUCUUUUUCAAAAAUGUUUAAAUAGGUAUAUUGAAAAUGAGAAAUAUAUCGAGAUAUAUCGGGGGUUUUAAUGCAUGUAAUAAAAUACGAUAAACUGAGUUAGGAUCGAAUCUAAAAACCCAAACUAACAACUAGGACCCUAGAUACAUGAGCUCAGGUGGUAUAUCAGUUCAAUUUGUCUUUGGUUUGUUAUCGCCCCCGAUCUAUCAUGUCAUUCAUAAUUUUUUUAUUCAAUUUGAAGAACAAAAUUGUGAUUUUUAUUACUUAGCACAUUGAGUUCCACCAUGUUUAUUUUGACUUACGAAUAUCAGUAUUAAUUUAUGAAAAGACUACAUUCAUAAAUAGUUGUAGUAAUUGUGAUAAAAAUAAUUCUCAGCAGUCUUGUGGGCAAACAUUACUAGUAUAAUAACAAUACGUAGACUAGGAUUUUCCAUCUAUGGCUAUAAUACAAAACUAAAAUAUAAAAUAGAGCUGUCAUUUUAAUUUUAUAAAUUAUAAAAAAUUUAUUGAAAGCAGCGUGCUAUAGCCAUAGAAAAAGUAGUUUUCAACUCGUUAGGAAUGUUCAUUAAACAAAAUACUAUUAAAUAUGUUGCUUCCGUACAAAUUUUACUGGUAACAAUUUUUUAAUCUUGAAUAUAAUUUCAACAAAUUUAAUCAAAAUCGAUAAUUUCGCCAGAAAGUAUAAAGUUCUUCCAUCAACUGUUAAGCUUUGUAUUGUCAGUGUCUUUAACGAUGAUACUAAAAUUUUAUUUCUAUUGUUCAAAAUAAUCUUAUAGUAUUUUUUUCGAUAAGAAAGUAGUGAUAUAUGAUAAAAAACACGGAGUAGUCUGUAAAAGGAAAACAUAUUUUUUUAUGGAAGAAAUAUCAGCAGUACUUUCAGUUUUUAUAGAAGAUAUUUUGUUUUUCAAGUCGAAAAAAAUUUCAUCUUUUAAAGAAGAGUUAUCAGAAGAAACUUUAGUUUCUAAUGGAGAAAUAUCCGUAAUUUUAGAAGACUUCAUAAAAUAAAUAACGUUUCUGGAUCCAAACCUGGUAGUAUUAUUAGAGAUAUAAAAAAAAACGCAUUUACAAAACGGUAUACACCAUUAACUCCAAAAUUUAAAAUUAUUUUCGAAUAUAUAGGGUGUUUAACAACUUCAGUUUGGAAGAAACAUAAGUUUGUUUUAUAUCUAGAUUGAUGUUAUUGAACUAAAUUUUAGUGUUUUCGUUAAAGAUCUGAUUUUUAUUCUUUUUUACUAGGUUUUUAAUGGUUCCAGUGCAUUUGUAAAACUUUAGUAUUGUUUCAAUUUUUUCGACUUUGCAUGACUUUUAAAGGGUAUUAAUUGUAGAUAUACGAAUUGGCUGUGUAUUAAAUAUAAUGAAUAAAUUAGUAUGUAGAUAAAAAAUAUUCUGCAUGAUAAAAGUAGAAAUAAAUUCUAACAUAUUUAUACGAGAUAAAUAUACAAAUUUUAUAAAUUAAUUUAAAUUUAAACUAAAGAAUUACGAAAAAUUGGGAAAUCUUAUGCAUGUAUUUUUUUGACAAAAAUAAAUAAAUAUACCUUUGUGUAUAAAAAUUUAAUGAAGUAAUUAGUGUACAGUAUCGGCUACUGAACGUUUUCCAAUACGCUUUGCACAAGUGCAUGUGAAAACUGCAGAGAAUUAGCAUUAAAGUGAGCAGGAAACGAAUAAUAUCAACGUUGCCAGUUUAAAUGCUUUAAUGUUAGGUCUCUGUAGUUUUGAUAUGCAUUUGUGCAAAGCGUUCGAUAGCUGAUACUGUAUGUCAUUUGAUAAUGACAAUUAAUGUUUUUAUUUUUUAUUGGUAUAGUUUUGAACACGGUCUGGCUAAUAGGUGUUUUAACUCUCCAAAAAAUGGCUAAAAUUGUUCAAAGUACGAGUAAAAAUCCAAAAAAUUUUACCAGUCGG